AUGUCACGUUUAUACGCUCUGUUCAGAGAGAUGAGAGUAGCCGCGCUCGUCGUUCGACAAAAACCCCAUCGUGUCAACAACAGACCAAAGUUUAGCGACUUUCGAUCAGCCUUCAUUCGACCAAGCCUCUCAAAUAGGCAUCCAAUUCGCGCCGUCAGAAGCAUGUCGACAGUGACACUUGAGAAAAGCGGCAUCCAGGUCAAGCUACCCGAUGGCUUGUCAGAGGACCAACUGCUAGGUUUCCGACCUUUCAACGAUUGGGUCAAGAGCCUCGGCAACACCCUGAGCCUACAAGCCAAGAACAAGGAUCACCCAUUCCAUCAGGACCCCUACCAUCUACGCGGUAUCACAGUCCAGGCGUUCGACAUCUUCGGCUCUGGCCGAGUCGGUUUCCUCAAGGUCUCAGCCGACGUCAAGAAUGGAGCAGGAGAAGGGCUGCCUGCUAGCGUGUUCCUCCGCGGGCCCAGCGUCGGCAUGCUGGUGAUGCUCAUCCCCGAUGACGCACCGCCCGAUAGCGACGAGCGCUACGUCGUCUUGACGGUGCAGCCCCGCGUGCCUGUCGGCAGCCUUUCAUUCGUCGAGUUACCCGCUGGAAUGGUUGACGACAGCGGCAGCUUCGCCGGCGCGGCGGCAAAGGAGAUCCAGGAGGAGCUCGGCUUGGAAAUUCACGAGUCGAAGCUGACGUGCUUGAGCGAGCUAGCCGGCGCGGGCAGAUCAGCGGGAAAUGAAGCCGAAGAGGGUCUGGCAGAGGCAAUGUACCCUUCUGCGGGUGGAUGUGACGAGUUUGUGACGCUAUAUAGCCACGACAAGAGGAUCCCCCGCAGGCAGUUGAAGGAUUGGAGCGGCAAGCUGACUGGCUUGCGGGAUCACGGGGAGAAGAUCACGCUGAAGCUCGUGCCCAUGAAAGAUCUGUGGCGGGAGGGCGCGCGGGAUUCAAAGUGUCUCGCAGCGCUGGCUCUGUGGGAGGGACUCCGGCGCGAGGGCAUGAUAUGA